UCCCCAGUCUCAUCGGUACAGUCAGCCCCAGAUGAGCAUCUGUCCCUGGGGGAGAUCAAGGCCAUGCUCCCCCGGAGGCUGGGGGAGAGGCUGGAGGAUGUGAGGGCAGCGUUCAAGGCCCUGGACCCUAAGGGGAGCGGCUCAGUGACCCGGGGGGAGUUCAGACGGGUGGUGGAGGCCUUCCUCUUCCCCCUCACGCAGACCCAGCUCAACGCCAUGUUGGCCAAGGUGUCUAAGAGAGACAGUGUAACGGUGGACUACAUGGACUUCCUGAGGAGGUACAGCAGGGUGACUGCAGCACAGAGACCCUACAGCUCUACACCCUCCUCUACAGCACAGAGACCAGACAGCAACACCAGGUGUGUCUCUGGAUCAGACCAGAGAGGUAUGACCCUGACUGAGAUACAGCAACGCCUCAAACAGAAGAUUUGGAAGUCUGCAGUACUUGUGUUUACACCCUCCCCUCUCACCGCUCUGCAUCAACAGAUCAAGGCUUCAGAAUCAGAGGCGUCAAUACCACUGCUUGUGCAGAUGAAAAUUGGGAGCAACCUGAAGAAUGUAAUCCGGGCCUUUCGUCUGUUCGACUACAAGCGAGACGGACAGAUCCAGCAACACGAGCUGCGCAGGAUACUGGAGAACUACUGCUUCCCCUUAACACAGAGAGACUACCAGAGACUGUGGACCCACUACUGCCCUAACAACAUGGCAACCAUGUCCUACAAAGUGUUCCUGGAGAAGCUGGGCCUGGACUCUAACAAGUACAGGAAGUUUGUCCCGGAACCUCCAAAGCUAGCGUUGGGCUGGCAAGGAAUUAGUCCUACAGACAAGACAAAACAGAGGAACAGAGCAGUGUCCCAAAAUGCAACAGGAGAUACACAGGAGAUCCAAGGCCUGACUCAAGACGAGCUGCAGACGCUCUUCCUGAAAAAGUUGUGUGUGAGCUGUACCCUAGUAUGGCGAGCACUGCAGGCGUUUGAUGUCACCCACUCUGGACUGGUGUCACAGGAAGACCUGAGGGCCAUCCUCAGCAGCUUCCUGUUUCCCAUGAGCCUCAGCACCUUCCAGAGCCUGACCUGCCGUUUUGGGGUGAGAGCAACAGGGCCUGUGCUAUGGAAACAGUUCCUGGGUCAGUUUCAGGGUCCAGUCACAGAGGAGGACCACACCUCUCCUCAAACAGACAGGGUUCCUGAGCUACCUGAUGCAGAGGAGGGCCAUCGGAGUCUGACGGCGUUCUACCCUAUACUGAAGAGAGCCUUCAAACAGUUGGACAGGGGUAAGAUAGGGAGGAUCACCAGGGCAGACCUUCGUCAGGCUUUGGAGGUCCCCCAGUAUAACCUGAGGGGUCCCCAGGGCUCCUGGUCCAGCUGCAGGGAACCCCACACCCCCAGGCCCCGUCUGAGCCCAGACCAGGUCAGAGAGCUCUUGAUCCUGCUGAUUCAGAGCACACUGGGCUCAUCACCCAGCCCAGCCUGGAGCUACUCAACCCCAGGAGGGUGCACUCUGCCCCGGGAAGGGAGACACUACACACCCCUACUGGAGGAUGUAAGGAGGGGGUCAUGGAGGAGGCGGCUCAGGCUGUGUGAGGCCGGUUUAGACCCAGACCCAGGGUCAUGCAGGGUCAGAUGCAACAUGUACUACAUUUCUGUCACCAACAGACUGAACUCCCAAUCCCAGAAUGCCUUGGUGAACAACAGGCCAGUGCGUUCCCUCAGCGCCACUGUGGGGGGUCCAAGGGUUCGCACAGUGGAGAACAUCAUGUUCAGGAAGCUCAAAGAGAGGCUGGACCACAGACACGUUACCCUUGAUGACCAUAUCCGGGCAACGGUCAGAAGCUCAGGUGGAAUGCUGUCGUUGAGAGAUCUAAAGAAGAUACUGGAUGACAGCAGGAUUACCUUGGAUGAGAAGCAACUCCGCAAGCUCAACGUAUCGCUUGGUUUCAAAGAUGGAAAAACGUCUUGUUCGGCUUUCCUGGCUAAGUAUGAUGAGCGGGACCAGGCCUCCGGGGGUAACCAUGGUAACCUGCGGACUAAGCCACGCCUCCUGACAGCGGAGGACUGCCUCAGUGUGAUCAAAGACAGGAUCGAGAACAUCCACGGGGACAUCCUGUCAGUGUUCCGUGUGAUGGAUAAGAACAGUGACAGCGUGGUGGACAGACAUGACUUCAGAGAGCUGUAUGACAGUCUGGGCCUGGUCACCAAGGAGAGGGAGUACCAGCGGCUGCUGCAGCUUCUGGGGCUGCAGCCUGGAGCCAACCUCAACUACCCAGAGUUCUUCACCCUCGUCCAAUCCAGCGGCAAGACCCGCGGGCAGAAGUUCAAGCCAGCCAAUGGGCCAGACCAACUCCAUGACCACCUGGUGUCCAACGCACGCCACAGAUGGACCGCUUUGUCAAAGUUAUCUUACCUCCUCCAGGUUAUUUGUCGCUUUGAUGAUGAUGGUCAGGGUCUGGUCUUUAAGAAGGACCUCAGGAGUCUCCUCUAUACCUAUGACCUCCCCAUCAGUCCUGAUGAGUUUGAGGAACUGUGGGCCAGGUAUGAUGGAGAGGGGCGUGGCUACCUCACCUGUGCUGUAUUCCUAGAGAAGCUGGGCGUGGAUCCACAGGAGGUGGGACAUGCAAGGAAGGAUGCAGACACCACCCCCACAGAUGGUCUCCCUGCAGGGGCUACACUACAGGACGUUGAGCGCGUGGUGCAGGGUAACUGUGAGGGGUUGAGCAGUGCUCUGACCCGCUUGGAUAAGAAGAGAGAGGGUCUAGUCACGGUGGAGGACCUACAGAGUCUCCUCCAGAGAUACAACUGUCCCCUACACAGACACCAGCUCACCCACCUCCUACACACACUCAAGGUUCCAAUGGACAGUGAGAACAGAAAGUUGUCAUACGUGGACUUCCUGAAGGCGUUUGACCACGAGACAGGGAAGGGUUGUGAGCACCCCCCUAGGCCCUGUGGAUCCCCUGACCCAGCAGAGAGUCUGGAGUGGCUCAGUCCUGAGAGAGCUGCUGGUAGGAUACGGGAACUGGUCACUGCAUCGAUGGAUAUGCUCCACAAGGCCUUCUCUGCCUUCGACAGGAGUGGGAACGGGACGGUCACCCCUCUGGAGUUCCGGCGGGUGCUGGACCAUUUCUGUGCCCGCCUCUCGGAUACCCAGUUCAGAUUCCUUCUCGACAGACUGAAGCUAAACUGGGAGAACCACACAGUGUACUGGAGAGACUUCCUCAACCAGUUCAACCUAUGCAACCUGGAGUUUGAGAGGGUGUGGGAGAAGCUGCCAGUCAAUGUGUUGGGGGAUCUGGAGUACAGGAACUUCCUGAAGCAUGUAAGUGGAGCUGGAGGGAUAAGGGACAAGACCACAGACCCAGAGGACAUCAGUCCCAUGAAAUCCGCAUCACCACCAUCCCCUGGGCCCAUAGAUAUGAUGUCAUCAUCCCCACCAGCUCUACAGAGGCCAAAGACUACAGGCAGCAACCUCCAACGCUCAGAAUCGGAGGUGGGUGUGUCCAGCAGGGCCAGGCGUCCAUCCACGGCGGGGAGAGAGAGGGAGAGCCCCCUGGUGGACUGUGAGAAGGUGGAGAGCAGGCUGAAGGGGGAGGUGCAGCGCUGCUGGAGGGACAUCCAGAGGAGGAGGAGGUGCAGGAAGGAGGACAGAGACAGCGACGGAGAGAUCAGCACACACUGCUUCCUGGACAUCCUCCAAGGCCUCAACGUCAGUGUGACCCAGAAGGAGCUUGAUUGGCUGGCCGUAAAGUUCGACAUGAGGGACAGUGGGCGCGUGCCAUAUCCUGACUUCCUACGUCACUUCCUCCUCAACUUCGAACCGCCAGCGGUCAGACAGCCCUUUGAGCGGCCCAAACUACCUCUCCCUACUACACAAAUGAGUGGGGGUGUUCUCAGUAGACAGUGUGUAGAAGCCAUGCUGAGGCUCUAUGACCCGGUCCAGCAGUUCUGGCGCUCCAUGAGGCAAAACUUUGUUACCUUCGACCACAACCGCAGUGGCAAAAUCUCCAUCAAGGAAUUCAGAAAGGAGCUAAGGUAGUUCAGAGGGAACCUUUCCGAGGAGGAAUUCUUCCACCUCACCUCUUUCUUUGACAAGAACACUAUGGGGAAGAUCUCCUACAAUGACUUCCUACGGGGCUUCCUACCCGGCCUCUAA